AUGGCCGCUGAGGCCAGCUUGGAUGCACAUAAGACUUCAACUGAGAUGAGAGGAUCAACAUCUGAUCACCCACAAGUUCAAGGUCCUGAAAAUACCCAAGAAAUGGAUGACAGGCAGGAGGAUUUCAACAAGAGCAAGGUGAAGCAUGAAAGCAAUAAAACAGUACCCUUUUACAAACUUUUCUCAUUUGCAGACGCCUGGGAUUGUCUUCUCAUGCUUGUUGGGGCAAUAAGUGCUUUAGCUAAUGGAAUCGCUAUGCCUUUAAUGACUCUGCUAAUUGGAGAUGCGAUUGAUGCUUUCGGAGGAAAUGCUGAUAACAAACAUGCAGUAGUUCAUGAAGUAUCCAGGGCAUCUCUGAUGUUCGUAUCCAUAGGCGUAGGUGCCUUUUUUGCAGCAUUCUUCCAGGUGUCUUGCUGGGUGAUCACUGGGGAGAGACAAGCUGCACGAAUAAGAGGGCUAUACCUCAAAGCAAUUUUGAGGCAGGAUAUCAGCUUCUUUGACAAGGGAACCAACAGUGGAGAGGUUGUUGGAAGGAUGUCAGGUGACACAGUUCUUAUUCAGGAAGCCAUGGGAGAGAAGGUAGGAAAAUUCAUCCAGUAUGUAGCAUGUUUUUUUGGAGGUAUAGUCAUAGCAUUCAUCAAGGGUUGGCUUCUAAGCCUUGUGCUACUAUCUUCUCUUCCUCUUCUUGUCCUCUCUGGUUCCAUAAUGAGUUUUGCUUUUGCAAAGAUGGCAUCCCGAGGACAAGUAGCUUAUUCUGAAGCAGCAACUGUAGUGGAGCGGACAAUUGGUUCAUUUCGAACUGUUGCAUCAUUUACUGGCGAGAAGCAAGCUAUAGCUCAGUACAAUAAAUACUUAACUAAAGCUUACAGAGUUGGAGUGCAAGAAGGUUUGGCUGGUGGCUUUGGCUUUGGUUUAGUUCGUUUAUUUGUUUACUGUACCUAUGGUUUGACAAUUUGGUUUGGAGGGAAGAUGGUACUAGAGAAAGGUUAUACGGGAGGACAAGUCAUUAGUGUAUUUUUUGCAGUUUUGACCGGUUCAAUGUCUCUAGGGCAGGCAUCUCCAAGCAUAACUGCAUUUGCCGCAGGACAAGCUGCUGCCUUUAAAAUGUUUGAAACAAUAAAGAGAGAGCCAGAUAUUGAUGCUUAUGACUCUUCUGGACAACAGCUAGAUGAUAUAUCAGGAGAUAUAGAACUUAGGGAGGUUUGCUUUAGUUAUCCUUCAAGACGUGAUGAACAGAUAUUCAAUGGAUUUUCAAUUUCAAUAUCAAGUGGCACUACUGCAGCUUUAGUGGGGCAAAGUGGGAGUGGGAAAUCAACUGUUAUUAGUUUAAUUGAGAGAUUUUAUGAUCCACAAGCUGGUGAAGUUCUCAUUGACAGUAUCAACGUCAGAGAAUUUCAAUUGAAAUGGAUCAGACAGAAAAUUGGCCUUGUCAGCCAGGAACCGGUUCUCUUUACUUGCAGCAUUAAAGAGAAUAUUGCGUAUGGUAAGGACGGGGCAACAGAUGAAGAAAUCAGAGCUGCAGCUGUACUUGCCAAUGCUGCUAAAUUCAUAGAUAAAUUUCCACAUGGACUUGACACAAUGGUUGGAGAGCAUGGAACCCAGCUCUCUGGAGGUCAGAAGCAAAGAAUAUGUAUAGCAAGAGCAAUUCUGAAGGACCCAAGAAUUCUGCUCCUUGAUGAAGCUACAAGUGCUCUUGAUGCGGAAUCUGAGAGAGUGGUGCAAGAGACACUUGACAGAAUUAUGAUAAACCGAACAACUGUUAUUGUGGCCCACCGCUUAAGUACAAUAAGGAAUGCUGAUGUCAUAGCAGUUAUUCAUCAAGGAAAAGUUAUAGAAAAAGGUACACAUACUGAGCUCACUAAAGAUCCUGAUGGAGCUUAUAGUCAGCUCAUUAGAUUGCAAGAAAUUAAAAGGGAGUCAGAACAGUAUGAUGCAAAUUACUUAAGCAGACCAGAAGACAUUGUAGAUUCUGAACGACAAUCGAGCCGGUUUUCUUUCCCUCAAUCUUUAAGCCAGGGAUCAUCUGGAAGAAGAAACAGCAGUCAACACUCGUUCAGAAUAUCAAAUCUGCUGCCUACCACACAAGAUUUCUUUGAUACAUCAGAAGGAGGGUCUGGAGUUCUUCCUUCAGAAGCAUCACAUAAACAUAAAGAAAUUUCAUUUCUCCGCAUUGCUCAUCUUAACAAACCUGAGAUCCCAUUGUUAUUCAUGGGGACACUAGCGGCAGCAGUGACAGGGGCAAUACUGCCCAUCGUGGGGCUCCUUCUCUCCCACAUGAUAAAUACUUUCUUUGAGCCCGCAGAUGAACUCCAAAAGGACUCAAAAUUUUGGGCACUAAUAUUUGUUGCCCUUAGUGUGGGUGCCUUCAUAUUUCUUCCAUUACGGUCCUACUUUUUUGGUGUAGCUGGCUCUAAGUUGAUAAAAAGGAUCCGUCUAAAGUGUUUUGAGAAAAUAAUUCACAUGGAAGUAGGCUGGUUUGAUAAAGUUGAAAAUUCAAGUGGGGCACUUGGAGCAAGGCUGUCAACUGAUGCAGCUUCUAUUCGAACUUUGGUUGGGGAUGCUCUUGGUUUACUGGUUCAAGAUAUUGCCACAGUAAUUACAGCCUUGGCAAUUGCCUUUGACGCAAACUGGCAACUUUCUCUUAUAGUUCUUGUUUUGGUACCUCUAGUAGUUCUAAAUGGACAUCUGCAAAUGAAGUCCAUGCAAGGAUUCAGCAAAGAUGCAAAGAAGCUAUACGAGGAAGCAAGUCAAGUAGCGAAUGAUGCUGUAGGGAAUAUCAGAACAGUUGCCGCUUUCUGUGCUGAAGAGAAGGUGAUGAAAUUAUACCAGAAGAAAUGUGCUGGACCAAUCCAGGCAAGUAUAAGGCAAGGCUUAGUCAGCGGAACAGGUUUUGGGUUAUCACUGUUCUUUUUGUUCUCUGUUUAUGCAUGCAGUUUUUAUGCUGGGGCAAAACUUGUCCAGAAUGGCAAAACAUCAAUCUCAGACGUUUUCCGCGUAUUUUUUUCUCUCUCGAUGGCAGCUAUAGCAAUGUCACAAUCUGGCUUCAUGACCCCGGCUGCAAGUAAAGCAAAAAGUUCUGCUUCUUCUGUAUUUGCUAUCCUUGAUCAGAAAUCAAGAAUAGAUACCAGUGAUGAGUCAGGAAUAACAUUGCAACAAGUGAAGGGAGAGAUUGAGUUCCACCAUGUCACCUUCAAGUAUCCAACCAGGCCUAAUGUUCUUGUAUUCAAUGAUCUUUCAUUGACCAUUCACGCAGGAGAGACAGUUGCUCUAGUAGGAGAAAGUGGAAGUGGAAAGUCAACAGUGAUUUCACUGUUACAAAGAUUUUAUGACCCAGAUUCGGGUCAGAUUACACUGGAUGGAACAGAAAUCCAAAAGCUACAACUUAAAUGGUUUAGGCAGCAGAUGGGUCUGGUAAGCCAGGAGCCGGUGUUGUUCAAUGACACCAUUCGAGCCAAUAUUGCAUAUGGAAAAGGUGGUAAUGCAACAGAAGCUGAAAUUAUAGCUGCGGCAGAACUGGCAAAUGCACACAAGUUCAUUAGCAGUUUGCAGCAGGGAUAUGAUACAUUAGUGGGGGAGAGAGGGAUUCAACUAUCUGGAGGGCAGAAGCAGCGGGUAGCAAUUGCGAGAGCCAUAGUGAAAAGUCCAAAAAUAUUACUACUCGAUGAAGCAACCAGUGCACUUGAUGCUGAGUCUGAAAGAGUGGUCCAGGAUGCCCUUGAUCGAGUGAGGGUGGAUAGAACCACAAUUGUGGUGGCUCACAGGUUAUCCACCAUAAAGGAUGCAGAUUUAAUUGCAGUGGUUAAAAAUGGAGUCAUUGCUGAGAAAGGAAAUCACGACACCUUGCUCAACAAAGGUGGUACAUAUGAUUCCUUAGUAGCACUGCAUAUUAGUGCUUCUUCGUCAUAG